GUACCAACUUGGUGUAGUUAAUCCGGGUGUACUUACUAAGUUAUGUAGAUGUUCUGCUGUAGUAGCAUUCAGUCAGCGUUCAUCACUCGAUCGACGCGGACGAUCGUUGUUGUUUUUGCAUUGUUUGAUCGUCAUCCUGCUAUAAAUUAGAGAGGUCCCGUUUAUGUUUAUUGUGAUUUUGGGAAUCGAAGCUAGUGUUGAAUCGGGCUGAAGAAUCGUAAAGCGCGGCUCAGUCGGUACAAAGUGAGUGUCGACCUUGUCCUUGCGAGGUGACCUACUUGCAGUAUAGGACUCUUGCCGAUGCAGUAGGCGAAGAUGGAGUCCAUCCUGUCGCCUGAUCAGCAGCACCUCCUCCACCAGCAACACUACCGGAGCGUGCCGGAGACGUACGCAGGCCGGACAUUGUUUAUAACCGGUGCGACAGGUUUCAUGGGUAAAGUCCUUGUGGAAAAGCUACUUCGUGAUUGUGGUGAUCUUAAGUGUAUCUACCUGUUGAUCCGCACAAAGCAGGGGGUCGAUGCAGCACAGCGACGGGAUGACUACCUCAAGCACACGGUAUUUGACCGUGUUCGCCAGACGGAUCGGGCCCAGCUGGAUAAGAUCAAACUGAUUCGUGGUGACAUUCUGGGUGACGGGCUGGAUAUGAGUGAAUCAGACCGGACGGAACUGAUCGAACAGGUCGAUGUUGUUUUUCAUUGUGCGGCGAAUGUCCGGUUUGAUCAAGAGCUGAAGCAUGCGGUUAAUUUCAAUACCAACGGUGCAAUGCGAGUGCUAAAAUUGGCAGAACAAAUGAAACGACUUGUGGCUUUUGUGCACGUGUCAACCGCCUACUGCCAGUGUAACGAGGAAGUCGUGGAAGAAAGAGGAUAUUCUGCCCCGCACAAUCCACUAGGAAUUUCCAAACUGACCGAGCUUGUAAGCGACGAUGUCUUGCAGUUGGUUACACCCAAUUUACUCAGCAAUCUACCAAACACCUAUGCGUUCUCCAAAGCCCUCACAGAAGAUCUCGUGUGUAGCUACCGCGAUCGGUUUCCGAUUGCAAUUGCUCGUCCUACCAUUGUGGUAGCCUCCCUGAAGGAACCUGUACCGGGAUGGAUAGAAGGUACGAAUGGGCCAACUGGGCUGAUGAUCGGCGCUGGUCGCGGAGUCAUUCGUAGCAUGCACUGCAAUCCGGACUACGAGACGGAUCUAAUGCCAGUGGAUAUCACAAUGAACGCCAUCAUCGUGCUGGGGGCAGAACGAAUCAAUAAGACGACCGAUCGGGAAGUUAUGUUUUGCAACGUUUCCGGAGCGAAUGUGAACCCACUAACCUGGGGCGAGGCGCUGGAGACCGGCCGGAAGAAACUGUACGAAAAUCCGCUUUGUUUUGCGUUGUGGUAUCCAGAUGGUUCAAUCAAGUCGAGCUAUUAUUACCACAUGCUGUGUGUGAUUUUUUUCCAUUUCCUUCCCGCUUAUUUGAUCGAUUUCAUGAUGAUUGUGUUGCGGCGGAAACCUUUCAUGGUCAAAGUACAAAAGAAAAUAACGCAAGGCUUAGAGAUUCUGCAAUAUUAUACCACAAAAGUUUGGGUUUUCAAAAACGAUAACAUGCGAGCAAUGUACAGCCGCCUUUCGGAGCAGGAUCGUGAAAAAUUUUACUUCGAUAUUUCUCAAGUUCAUUGGCCAACAUUCUUCCUGAACUAUAUCCUAGGCGUGCGGCAAUUCGUGCUGAAGGAGUCUCCGGAAACACUCCCAAAGGCACGCAAACUACUGCGAAAUUUGUAUGUACUGGAUAAAAUCACUCAAACUGUUUUUUAUAUGGUGAUGCUUUGGCUUGUGUGGUCGUAUUGGAGCGUUGUUCUCGAGACAAUUCAGUGUGUUUUCGAUACUGGCAUCGAACACGCCCGAAACGUAAUUUUUCCGAGCAGAAGCGGUCCAGCAAGCCGAGUGUAAAUAGACAAAAGGAACAUUCACUAUUGUUUAUGCUUAGUUCAUGUUCACGCAUUCAUUAUUGUAUAAAUUGAAUAUUUUUAUGAAACGCACGGAUUUCUGCAUCGACGA